AACACGCUGUUCCAAGAAGACAAUGGACACAAUAACAUAUGUAGUUCUCAGUGUUUGCCUGUGUUUAUGUUCAGCAUUUCCACAACCUGAGAUAAAGAUAGAUGCUGCACACCGUAACCAACUCUCCAUCAGAAUUCCAGAUGCAUCUGGUUUAGCUGAUGUUAUAUUCUGGUAUGAAUUACAAAGACGAGACCCCGUGGACUACAGGCCUGUACAGACUGGAAGGUUACUUUUGAACAGAAACUAUGCUGGGCAUUUCUUUGGUGAAAUUGUAAACACCAUUGACCCAAGUGAUGACGGUAUUCUGGAAUAUUCCGUACAUUAUUAUGCACCGGAUGGCAACAUCACACGACGCAUUCGGGAUAGGUUCUUCAUUCCAUCAAUAACGCCUCUGUUACCUCGUCUUGUCAGAAGAGGAACCACCGUCCUCUAUGACGACUUCUCCUCCAACGUCCUCGACACCAACAAGUGGUGGUUUGAAAUAACGUCCCAUGGGGGAGGAAGUGGACAGUUCCAGAUGUACACACCUGAUACUGCGAACACUUUCAUUCGGAAUGGAAUACUUUAUCUUAAGCCGACCUUCACUGCUGACACGUUUGGAGAUCAUUUCCUUCACAGCGGAAAGCUUAACUUUACCAAACAGUGGGGUUCUUGCACCUACAGUGGGCACAGCGGAUGCUUCCGAGAAGGAGCUCUCCAAAACAUACCACCAAUCAUGUCAGCGGAAAUACAUUCUAAAGUAACACUAGUUCACGGUAGUGUGGAGGUGGUGGCUCAAAUCCCCAAAGGCGAUUGGCUAUGGCCAGCAAUCUGGCUUCGAGCUGAAUGGCCUUGGAAAUAUGGGAAAUGGCCCGCGUCAGGUGAAAUUGAUAUCAUGGAAGCGAGAGGUAACCUGAACAUUAAAGAUGACCACAAUCAGGAUAAGAGUGUAAACGUUGUCUCUUCAACACUGCACUGGGGAGCAUCAUCGUCGCAACAUAAACACCAUGGGGAAUCAAGACCAAGCACUGUUGGGACAACAUGGGCUGAUGAUUUUCAUACCUACAAAUUGGACUGGAACGCGGAUCAUAUCAGAAUGGAUGUCGACAAUCAGCCUAUCUUAGCGUGGGCAACACCGACGCAGGGCUACUGGGACUACAGCCAUCUAUCUGGCAACAAUAUCUGGGGACAAGGUGGCAAGGACGCACCUUUCGAUAGCAAAAUGGGGCUUAUCCUGAACAUUGCUGUGGGUGCUACCAAUGGCUACUUCCCUGAUUCCUGGCACAACCUUCCCCAUGGCAAGCCCUGGAAGAACACCUCACCUACAGCCAUGAUGGACUUCUGGAAGAACAGGCACCAGUGGCAGUCGACUUGGCAUGGUGAUGACGUCGCAAUGAAGGUCAAGUCCGUCAAGAUGAUACAGUAUUAAUAGCGGAAGAUAACUAAAAAGCAAGUUGGCAUACUGUGUACAUCCGAGAAAUUGAUUUACGCGUGUACACACUAGUUUGUAACUCCAUAAACGCAUAUACAGAGUAAAGUCAAUUCUUAUAAAUAAAUGCAUAACAAAAAUAGGCUCAUAGUCAUUAAGAUGCAUAAAAGCUGGAGACAACAAUACGAAAUCACACCGUCCAUUCAGCCAAUCAGGAAGAAGUAGUCUGUUCGUGGGCGUAGCCUAUUUAUUCAGUUCAUUGGAACAUCAUUGCUUGGUUAGCCACGU